UCCAAGAUAAUAUUGUUCCCUGCGGCCCCAGGCAAGCAGGACUCUGACCCCAAUUUGCCCGAGAAAGCCGAGCUGCCCGGAAGAGCAGAUCUUUUUGAGCCGCUGCUUCUCGUGGGAUCAAGAAGAUCUGGUAGGCCUGCUGGAAACCACCGAGGCAAGUAAACAUGGAAGAGGACCUUUCUUUGGAGAACCUGAUGCCAAAUCCAAGUUUAUCCCUGGAUUUGAUCCACCUGCUGAUCGACAACUUCAGCGUCCCCGUGGCGUGCUUCUCGCACCCGCCUUCUGCGCUGCAGCUGCUGCGACAGCAGGGAUUUGUGGACCUGGCCAUCACCGGCAUGGUGACCCUCCUGACCCUGGCGUCCGUGGUCAUCUUCAUGGAGGACGCUGUCUACCUCUCCAAGAAGACCCGUUGCUUCGCCAAGAUGAAAACUCUCAUCUGGAGCAACUCAGCACCCACGGUGAGCACCCAGCAUGGCUCCCUAGUAACCAAGAAAG